CGCUCGUGCCAGCAGGCCAUUCUUCUCGCCUUACUCCCUCACAGAACCCAGUAAAAUAUUGCCAGUCCCGCCGUCGAGAUGGCCCCACGCCGCCUGCUCGUCCUCGCCGUCGUCGCCCUCGCGGCCACCGCCGCCGCGGCCAACUCCGGCUUCGCGGACUCGAACCCGAUCCGCCCCGUCACCGACCGCGCGGCCUCCGCGCUCGAGUCCACGGUCUUCGCCGCGCUCGGCCGCACCCGCGACGCGCUCCGCUUCGCACGCUUCGCUGUGAGGUACGGCAAGAGCUACGAGAGCGCGGCGGAGGUCCACAAGCGGUUCAGGAUCUUCUCCGAGAGUCUCCAGCUCGUCCGCUCCACCAAUCGGAAAGGCCUCUCCUACCGCCUCGGCAUCAACCGCUUCGCGGACAUGAGCUGGGAGGAGUUCCGUGCGACCCGGCUCGGCGCAGCCCAGAACUGCUCCGCCACGCUUACCGGCAACCACCGGAUGCGCGCCGCCGCCGUUGCGCUGCCGGAGACGAAAGACUGGAGGGAGGAUGGGAUUGUGAGCCCAGUGAAAAACCAGGGCCACUGUGGAUCAUGCUGGACCUUCAGCACUACUGGUGCACUUGAGGCUGCAUAUACCCAGGCAACUGGCAAGCCCAUCUCUCUCUCUGAGCAACAGCUUAUUGACUGUGGUUUUGCAUUCAACAAUUUCGGAUGCAACGGAGGCCUUCCAUCCCAGGCCUUUGAAUACAUCAAAUACAAUGGUGGCCUUGACACUGAGGAAUCUUACCCUUACCAAGGUGUCAAUGGAAUCUGCAAGUUUAAGAAUGAGAAUGUUGGAGUCAAGGUUUUGGACUCGGUUAACAUCACCCUGGGUGCUGAGGAUGAACUGAAGGAUGCUGUUGGUCUGGUUCGCCCAGUUAGUGUUGCCUUCGAGGUGAUCACUGGUUUCAGGCUGUACAAGAGCGGAGUUUACACUAGCGACCAUUGUGGAACUACACCGAUGGAUGUGAACCACGCUGUUCUGGCUGUUGGCUACGGUGUCGAAGAUGGUGUACCCUACUGGCUCAUCAAGAACUCAUGGGGCGCUGACUGGGGUGAUGAGGGUUACUUCAAGAUGGAAAUGGGCAAGAACAUGUGCGGUGUUGCUACGUGUGCAUCCUACCCUAUUGUCGCAUGAGGCCCUUACGAAGUGUUACAUGGUCUGUUUGGCAUCAAUAAUGCAUGUUUAACCUGAGCUUGGCGAUGGGUUAUACAGAACGGAAACUCUGUUUGUGAAUAGAAAAUCAUGAAGGGAAGGAGUUGACCGGACCCCUGCUUGUACGUCUCCCCGACUGUGUAGGUAGAUUGUCAGUUGGGGUUCCGAAGUACUCUACUCAUACGUGUGUAUGACAGUUUAUUUAUGAAACAAAAUACGCAUUGAUCGUUAUGGUGCAGCCUGGGAUUUCUUAUUAUAACAUAAUGUAUCGUAUGUAUAAACGGACCGUCCUCAGCACGGACCUAAUAUAAGCACGACCUGUUGGCAUCA